AUGGUAUGUGGAACGGGCCCAGCACCAAAUCACGCCGACACGGUCGCAUUCUGGCGCAGCCUGUGGUCAGAGCCUGUAAACCACAACGAGGGCCCUUGGACGGAAGUUGUGGCGAGUCAGUGUGUGGGUAUUACGCCCAUAGACCCAGUCAUCAUAACGCUGGGUGACGUAGCUGAGGCGGUCCGUAGGGCCCCGAACUGGAAAAGUCCGGGGCUUGACGGGCUGCAUCACUACUGGCUGAAGGGGUUCAUGGUGUGUCACGCUGUGCUCGCCCGACAGUUCCAAGAGGCUCUCAACCAGAAGUCGCUCCCGAGCCUCUUCACUACUGGGAUCACUCAUUUGGUUCCUAAAGAUAAGGUUGCCACAGACCCGAGCAAAUACCGCCCCAUCACGUGUCUACCGACCAUUUACAAGACACUAAUAUCCAUUUAG